CGUCCGUCCUGGGCCCCAAUUUUCUUCUUCUAAUUUUAUGAUGGGUUUUAUCAUGGCGUUCGGCUUAUACGCGGGAUUAGUCUAUCCUCCCCAAUGAGCCAAGAAGCUUUUAAUCUACCCACGGUAAUUACGGGAGCACCUGGAACCAUUCAUGGGAAAAUACUCUUCUUCCUCAGUCCUGAAGAUCAAAAGAAUAACUUCUUCGGCUUGCUUUUGCUGUGGCUGAUUAUCUUCUCUGUUCCUUUUUCCUCUCCUGGGCACUGACUGCUUCUGCUUACGGAGGAGCGAUGAGUGUUUGUUGUGGUGAUAAAUUAAAUCCUUCAAUUCGGUGUUGUUGUUGAUUUGUUGUUAUUCGUUAUUCCGGGUCUCAGAACUGGAUCCCGUGCCUGG